AUGUGGUUCUUCUCAAGCGCGGAAGGGCAGUCCGAGGGUCCUACAGGAGAGCCCCAACCAGACCAAUCUUCCGUCCAGCCAGACCCCCCGCAGCAGCACCCUGACACAGGCAACGAUGCCUCUCCAGAAGAACCAGGUGCGAGCUCAACCUCCUCCCCCUGGAGUCUCUGGGGGCAGCUGACGGCAGCUGCACAGGCACCAGGAGAGGUGGAGGAGACUGGAAGCCUUAGCUCCGCAACCAGUUCUGACAAUGAAAGCGGCGCACAGCCCGUACAUCUGUCUUCUAUUGAAUCCCCAGCAAGCAACGGUAACCACACACAGGGGGAGGGUCCCACGGAAAACGAGCAGGAACCUCAACAAGCAUCAGGAUGGAGCAUUUGGGGGCACCUUGUAGGAUCGCCCAGCACCGGAGAAUCUGGUCCUGCUGCUGAUGAUGCGAACGUUGUAUCUGGAACAGACGAGCCCGAUAGUUCAGAUGAAGAGGAGCCUGCAGUCGAGAAUGAGCAGCAGGAAGAACCAUUAGCCUCAACCGAAAAAGCUGCUGAGUCACCUGCUGCUGCAGUUCCCGGCGUUUUCAGCUGGAGUCUGGUUGGCAACCCUGCCUCCUGGAUUCAGCCCCAGUUAGUAGAGCAGAAUGCUGAUCUUCCAACUGCGCAGGAGGUGCAGGAGGAAGAAAACAGUGAGAUGGAAAAGAGCGCACCUUCGGGUUCAGCUGCCCUCCCAAAGAAACCAUCAUCGCCACACAGAGGCGAAGAAGAUGAUGCACCCCGAGGAGAGGAUAAAGCGUACUCUUCACCCCUGAACAAUCCUUCCAGCAGCAGCAACAGCUCUAACAACAGCAGCAGUUCGGAGAGUGAGAACGAGUCUUCCAUGCCAGCACGUUCUCAACAGGCAUCAGGUGACCGAGAUAGGCCGGAGCCCGAUGACCUUCAUCUCCCUCGUGAUACUGCUAAGCAAAAGCACGCAACCGAUAAAGACACUGCAAUAGUUGAAACUAAACCGCAAAUUCAAUUAAAAUGUGCCAGACCAACGAAGGCCAAACCAGCCCCUCCUGCGUCGUUGAAGCUGGGAAAGUCGCCGAAGGAACCUGCAGAUUCAACGGGGACUGCUUCUACCAUCGAGCAGGAGCACCUCACUGCAGCUCACGUGCAACAAGAUAUUAUCGUAGAUCGGAUUUCGGGAGUCGAGCGAGAGCAGUUGCCAGCAGUUCCUCCAACACAGCAGCAGCAAACGACUACAGCAGACACGCAACGAAUCGCUGAAGUACCGAGGCAGCAAGCAACUACAGCAGAGAAGCCGCUGACAGGUGAUUCUUCGAACGCGCAGGACUCACUAAAGGAGGCAUCCACGGCUGAGGUAGUUUUGCCCCAGGUUGACGCUUCUUCUGCCACUGCUGCUGGUUCGCCCUUGGCGAAGCUGCUUGCCCGUCGUCUAACGAAGCAGUCGGGCCCGUUUGUUGAGCGAUCUCUCCCAGACGGCACCACAAUUAUUGUUAGCACUGAAGACGGCGGCUCUUCAAAGCCCAAGGCGAAGCCGCCCAGCGGAAGCGGCCUGCUGUUGCCCCCCCAAACGAAGAGCGAAGGCAUCCCUCACGGGUUGCACCGCCUGUCGACCCCACACCAUGAAGACCUCAGAAUGCACCAGUCUCCGUCCAUCAUGAGGCACUUAGAGAUAAACGAGACUGUCCAGCAAAUGCGCGCACCCAAGCCGAAGCCGCCAAUGGCGGCUUUGUUGGGACAUGCUCAGCGCAGGGCUACCGUUCCAGAUAUUCCAGCAGACAUUGCAGCCCCCGCUAGUAUCGAUACAGAUUUUCAAUCCCCAUGCCAGAACCAAAAGGAAUUCAUACAUGCAGAUACCGACACCCUAACGAAACAAUCAGCAAACAAACGGUCAACUGGACAUGCCAACACGAUACAGGUAACCCUGCCUAAAACAGUGGGAGACACGCCUCAUACCUCUGUCAAUCCACCAGAACCUCUGCCUACACACGAUGUCUCCCUGUCGGCGGGAGGGACAGACGCCCCCCCAAAAGCGCCGAGCGAGGACGAGAAGAAGGCGAAGGCUGUGUGCAAACUACCACUGCCUUCCAAAGCACUUGGCGCCAAGCUGCCUCCACCACUUCCUAAACCCGCUGGACCAAAGCCUCUGCCUUCUGUAGAGGGUAAAGCUGUUGUGGCUGAGGAGGAGGUGGGCGUGUUAGACGACAAGGCGGAGGGUCCUGCGAAGGAUCAGAGCGAGGACGAGAAGAAGGCGAAGGCUGUGUGCAAGCUGCCACUCUCUUCGAAAGAAGUUAGGACGAAGGAAAGCCUUCCUCGCCUUAAAAGAGUUUUGUCCAAGGCUCUUCCUUCUGUAGAGGGUAAGGCGGGUGUGGCUGCAGAGGAUGUGGUCGUGUCAGAAGUCAAGGCAGAUGGCUCUGCUUUGAUGGAGGGCAAGAACGCGAGCACACCUCAGGGUACACCGCCGUCGAUUGCUAACGAGCCGCUGAAGGAGGCUGGCUUGCAGGUGCUUGAGGAGUUGUCGCAUUCCUCUCAUGCGGCUGGAGAGUCGGCAGUCGAGGAAAAUAGGUCUUUUUCUCGCCUUGGAGGCACACUCGAGAAUGUAGAUAUCAUGAAGCUGUCAACGGCUUUGCUGUCAAGAGGCACAAGUGUUAAGGCAGCAGACAAGCCGCUCACCAGAGGUGCUGCUUCUCCCCAGCCGAAAGCCAACCCAAAGUCAUCCAAAGAUGUGCCGAGCUCUAUGGAUGAAGCGGCUGUGAAAACAAUGACAAUACCAAAGCUUAAAUCUACAGAGAUGCCUCUUACAAAAGGUACACCCCUCUUAAAGCCGUCUCCCCCCAAACUGGUUAACUCUAAGACUAAAGUGCAUGCCAAGCCAAGAACUAUGCCGAUGGUGGUCGCAGACAUAGCGAGGCAAGCAACGUCCAGAGAUUGGUCUUUUGCCCCCACCUCAAUUGAUACUGAACUACUGAUCUUCCAAAGGCAGGAUUACAUCUCAACAGGGCACACUUUUUAUAUUAUGGGCCCUAAGGCUGUUGUCGAGUCUAUUCCAAGAGUUGACGAGCUUCCGCAGUCUCGAUGCAUGUCAGCUGCAGAAAUGAGCACAGAUUCUGGGGCGCUUGUUGGCUUCGACGAGAUUAAGGCUCUGUAUGAUUCACCGACGGACCUGAUUCCCUGGGACUGCAGCCUCAAGACUUCAGCGACCGGUAGCUGCAUGCAAUUACGCAAGCUUCCACCCGUACAGUACGCCACGGCUCUCAGCGUGUGGAGCGAGCUGCUACUGCAUCAGAAGAACCAAGUCAUAUCCGUCGUAGGGGGAUGCCAUCAAAGCAGUGAUCGAACUGUGCCCUCUCUUUUGGCCGGCUUUGGCCUUUUGAGUGGAUUCGCCGUAAAGGAACAAAUGGUCUUCAUCCGAAGUGCCAGUCGGAUUUACGAGGUUUUGGCGUUGUGGAGCACCAUCGUGUCUCCUGACAAGGGGGAAUGGAACUUGUGCCAGUGGAGGUGGGUAAUCAGUUUUAACGGCACUGGCCAGGCUAGUGGCAUCUCUCUCAAAGGCUUCCUGAUACGGGAAUAUCCUCAUGCAGAUGAAGGCCUUCUAAAGAUUGUUCUUAUCGCUGUACAGAGCGCUGUAUCUGACGAUUCUACUCCACAAACUCUAGGCCUCCCAGGGUUGUCGCCUGAGCAACUGCGGGACUCAUUACUACAUGGGUGCCUUGAACGUUUUAAAGAACACAAAACGACUUCGACAAAGCUCUCAUCCAUAAGAGAAGAGAUACGAACAACGCUCAGUUGCAACGUUGUGGAGGCAACCAGUAUGCUCCGCAUUUGUUUGGCUUACUGGGUCCUGUCUAAAGGCGCCAAUUUGAUAUCUGAAGACCUUGACUUCGCGGAGCAGCUUCUUGGUGCACAGACAGGGCUACUUCACACGAUCUUCAAGCAGUGUUCAGGGCAGGAGGAGGAUUUGUCUCGACAGCUACGCAGUUCUCUGUAUGAGAGUCUUUUUUACUUUGUGGUACAACUCGCCAACAGAGAAGUGCAGCGUUCCUUUAAACCACUCUUACCCGUGAAGUCGUUUGCUCCUCAGAGCAGACCUCUAGAGAUAAUAAUUGAAGAGUCCCCGUCUUCAAGUUCGGCAGAUGGCCUUCUCUCGUUCGGGGGAUUGGCAAUUCAGGCCGUGCAGGUGUUGCAUAUAGCAGUUGCAUUCCGUGGCAUCCACAACCUUCAGCGCGCCUUGGAUGCAGAUGACGUAAAGUUGCCUCCAUACCUUAACUCCAUGCGACAGAAACCCCACGUUCAGCUGCUAUUGGAGCUUCUCUUUUCAAGACACGGUGGCUUGAUUCCAUUUCUUGCAAGUGGACGGAGGAACCUGGAAGACAUGGCUGCUUGGGUGGAGUGGGUAAGCGCAAAGCCAUGCGCAAAAGAAGUAUUGCACGUCGCCCCGGAUGGUUCAAUACUCAUUGACUGGCUAGGGCACUGGUCUCGUACGGAUUUGAAAGAGCUGACGAGGGCGUCUUCUACCAUUAUUGGACCCCCAUUUCGUUUAUUUGAAAGCCUGUUGCGUUCGGCCUCCGCUACAAGAAUGCUUGGGCGCAUUAGGAACUGCAGCCCUGCAGCGCUCCUUCUCCAAGCAGUUGAAGAUUCCCUAGCGGUCGGCAUGGUUGAGAGACCAGUACUUGUCGUUCGCUCCUCGGACUGUCGACUGGCCAAUUGGACUCAUGAAGAACUCCGAAAUGUUGAGAAUUGGCAGAGCUUUGGCUUUCCAGUGGUGGCACGUUUGGAGGACCUUCCGAAGUAUUGCCCUCGACUAUUUGGGGACGCGGCGUUUGGAGACAGAGAGGCCAUCAUUCGCAUACUAGGACAGUACAUUGAUGUUGAGGACUUCGCAGCGGGGAAUUCAUUCCUCUUUUUCAGGAGCUCAGGGUACAACUCGCUUUAUGCAUUUGAGCUGGCGGCUAAAUCCAUUGUAGGGGAGCGAAACGAAAGACUACAAGCGCUGGAAUGCCAGAAGAAGCGUUUACAGGCAUGGAAAGCCGAAGUUCAGAGCUCUUUUGGGAAGGUGGGAACGCGAGUUCAGGAACUUCCUAAGCCGCCAGCAUCAGCCACCUCGCAUUCCUCGUGUAGUGACCGGUUGCCUAGUGGGGACCUUCUAGUUGAUCAACGCCUUCAAAGCAAAAGCUCUGAAGGCGUGCACCUAAACAGAAGCAGACCUGGAAGUAGCAGAUUUGUUGAGGAGAGCUCUGAGUGCUCUCAAUCAUUAAGCGCAGCUAGUUAUGCUGAUUUUGCAAAAAGCUUAGAUGCAUCUGCUCGUGCCUGGCAGUCGUGUCCUGUGCUCCUUGAAACCGAAGAUGACCUAAGAGAUACACCCCUCCGGCCUAGCCUUUCUCUUGGCUUCUUCCCCUCCUCAUCUAAAUUGUUAGCACUUAAAGGGGUGGAAGGACCUGCAGAGUUACGCCGAAUGUGCCAGUCGAUUGACCUCACCAGCAAAGAGCCGGUACCUCUUAAUGGCGCCGGGUGUACUACCUCUGUGGAGAAAGAAGCUUGUACUGAAACAGAUGCAGGAGUCAAAAUCGACAACUCUUCUAGUUCAGUUGAGCAGGUGCCUCUGUCCGCCGCUGGCGAUAGCACACCAGCGGCACAGCAGGUGAUGGUUGUGCAGCCAAAGAAGCCUUCGUUUCCGAGUAGUCAGAUACAUUCGAACGGUGGUGACUCACGAAAGAACUCAUUGCGGGCAACGGACCAGCAGACUGGGCAUGCAGAGAAGAGCGGAGACAAGGUAUUCCAGGGAGCAAAUAAGAAGAGCGAGGAGUUUCAGAAGGGCUCUUGUGGUAAAGUACAAUCUAAAACCGCACAGCCCGCCAACGAGUCGCCUCCUGUGGAGAAUGGGUAUUUGGUAAGGGAUGGGGCUCUUGUUGAAUCUGAAGGAGGUGAAGUGGACAAGGAUUGUCCGGAUUAUUCACAAAACGGUUCACGUGAGGCCGGAAGUGAGGUAAAUUCAGAAACGUCAAGCAGGCCGUUAGGAAAAGGAGAGAAUACGGGUGCUCACAGUUCUUUUUCCAUGGAAGCAGGGCCUCAGCCUCAAAUGAAUAAGAGCCUAGCUGCUGGGACUGCAGAGAUUGAGGGUGUUACAAGUGAAGCAAAGAGGUCACCAGAUGAUUCUGUGAAAGUGCAGGUUGCGGCCCAGAAAACUCCGCCUCCACCCCUCGUCCUAGCGACAAAACAACCAGAACAAGCUACAUGUGGCCCCUCGUGUACGCCAACUGAAGCGGUGCUGCCUUAUGAGCACUCCGGCGACGGGAAAAAUUCCUUGUCAGCAGGAGGCAUCAGGGCGAUGUGGCGUACAAAUAAAAGGGAUAUAGCGUGGCGAGGGCUAGUGCUCCUUCCAAAAGGGUGCACUGACGGGUUGGGUCAAUCAUAA